AUGUUCCCCAACAUCAUCGUCCAAGCUCUCAAGCUCGUCACAGUCGUGGAGGGCUGGAUUCCGCUCCCUACCCCCCCUUUUGGCGAAUCUGCACUUUCAAGCGGCUUAAUACAGCUCCAGACCUACAACAUCCAUGCAGCGGUGUCGCACCACUUAAGCACACUCACAGCCCACAUGGAGGCGGAGAUACGCAUGCUUCGCGACCUUGAGGCCAUGGCAAACCAGCACCAGAACGACUACGCGGAUUUCUUCGAGCUCAUAGAGUCCCACCGCCCUCUGGAUGACUUCGAAAGCGCGGCUCGUAAUUUCUACCAAGUGUUGGCGGAAAGUGGACGGUCCGCUGGAGCGAGCGCCGAGGCCAAGGAGCAGUUCUUGGCGGGGAUCUUGAACAAGAGUGGUGCGAAGGAGGGGAACGAUACGGUGGAAUUGAUGGACCCGAACAACGGUAUGGGCCUCUUCGUGUUGUGA